AUGGGACUUGGUUUAAGCAUAGAGAGCGUAAAAGGCACAGACUCAAAUGGCCCAAAGGCUCUAAUACUACUAUUAUAUGAAAAACAAUCAUUUAAACCAAUCUCUUUCACAGAUUUUAUCGAGAAUCCAUUAGCUUUUUCUUCAAACCCAUUAGUUAUCUUGGAACCAAUACAAGGUGAACAUGCAAAAAUGGAAACAUCCAUGAUCCGAGGGAAAUCAUAUGCAGAUACCAUCAGAAUUUUUCAUCAACAUUUUAGGCCACAGUUUUUCAAAGUUCCAGGUCAAUAUAUUUGGGUCAUUACACCUAAUAAAUUACCUAAAUCAGUAAAUUCUGAAAUUGCAGCUUCCCUCAAAACGGCUCAAUUGGAAAAUUAUUCUUCUACAAAGUGUGUUGAUCCACAGACAGUCUUUCUUGACCUAGGACAAAUAAAUUCACUUACAAUGGCGUUAAAACCACCCCAACAAACACAAUUUAUCCGUGCUUCAUCGCCGAUUCGUACAGCCGGACAUUUUUGCGGAACUUCAAAGCUUAUCUCUCGCAGAUCCCACAAUACAAACUUCAAUGGAACGUUUAAAUUACCUUCUUUACCUACUUUAGACGGUUUCAAAGAAGAUUCUCCUCCAGAUGACAUGAAUAAGAUUAUAGAAGGCUUAUAUAUAGGAGAUGAAAGAGCAGCAGCUAACAAACAGAUGCUUUUAGAUAAUAAUAUUACUCAUAUCGUUAAUCUCUCAGGACAGACCGCCCAGAACUACUUCCCAGAUACAUUCAAGUAUUUCUCACUUGAAAUGAUUGAUAAUGAUUUCGAAGAAAUACCUCCAAAAUUCUGGGAAGCGAUUAAAUUUGUUCAGAAGUCAUUACAGAGUGGUGGAACAGUCCUUGUUCACUGCAGACGCGGCAUUUCACGCUCUGCUGCUCUUGUUGCGGCAUUUUUGAAUGAAGAUAGGGCGAUGCCGAUUGAUUCCGCAAUUGCUUUGAUAAAACAGAACCGCUCUAAUAUUAACAUCAACCAGGGAUUCCUAGACCAGUUGUAUAUGAAGGAGACAAAGAGAAGAAAGUCAAAGCCUAGACUUAUUAUCCCAGGCAAAUUAUAA